AUGCCACCCAACAGCAAAGACACCACCGGAGUGCUCUACGAAUCAGAUGUGGAGACGGUGGACGGCGGAUUGUCCUCGGAUGUGAACCAUUUAAAGACCACCGAUGGCAGGAAACUGGAGUUGGUGUGGUUUAACAUAGUGCUGUUCGCGAUCCUUCACUUAGUCUCUCUCUACGGAGUGUGGCUGCUCCUCACGACAGCCACGUGGACCACGUUCCUGCUCUUCUUGCCCAUUGUGGUGGUGACCAUUUUGGGCAUUUCCGGCGGUGCCCAUCGCUUGUGGGCACAUCGCACCUUCAAGGCGAACACUCGGCUGAAGCUGAUCUUCUUGUUCCUGAACACGUUCGCCUUCCAGGAUGCGGUCUACUACUGGGCGCGGGAUCAUCGUGUGCACCACAAGUACACGGAAACGGAUGCGGACCCGUACAACUCGCAGCGCGGCUGGUUCUUCGCCCACAUUGGAUGGCUGUGCUGUCGCAAGCAUCCGGAAGUUGUGGCCAAGGGCAAGCACAUAGAUCUGUCCGAUCUGGAGGCCGAUCCACUGCUCAUGUUCCAGAAGAAGUACUACCUGCUCCUGAUGCCCAUCAUUGCCUUCGUCCUGCCCACCGUGCUGCCCAUGUGCCUGUGGGGCGAGUCCUUCAACGUGUCCUGGCACGUGAUGGCCCUGCUUCGCUGGUGCGUCAGUCUGAAUUUCAUCUGGGCGGUGAACAGCUCUGCCCACAUGCACGGCAUGAGGCCCUACGACAAGAACAUAUGUCCUGUGGAUCAGAGCUUCCUCAUAUUCUUCCAUGUGGGCGAGGGAUACCACAACUACCACCAUGUCUUUCCCUGGGACUACAAGAGUGCGGAGCUGGGCCAGUACUCGCAGGAUGUGACCACCAAGCUCAUCGACUUCAUGGCCUACUUGGGCUGGGCCUACGAUCUCAAGAGUGUGUCCCUCGAUUUGGUUAGGCAAAGAGCCCAGCGCACGGGCGAUGGAUCACAUCCAGUUUGGGGAUGGGGCGACAAGGAUCAGCGAGAGGAGGACGUGGACGUGACCACCAUUAGCCACCAGCGAAAGGAAUCGAUGGACUACCUAAAGGCAUUAUCUUGA